AUGAAGCUGGUACGAAAUGCUAGUGUGGUGACGUUUCUUUGGAUGACGAUCACGAUCACUCAAGUUGAACCGGCUAAAAUAUUAAGCAUUUUUCCUACCAUGUCCAAAUCGCACUGGAUUCUCGGAUCUACUCUCAUGAAGGAACUAGCUCAAGACGGCCAUGAGGUAACCGUGAUAAGCCCGUUUCAAUUAAAAAAUGCUCCUAAAACAUAUCACCACGUGAACGUCGUAUACAACAGCAAAAUGUUUGACAAUAUUAUGGAUGAAGUUUUCGAGAAAAUUGAAGAAAGUUUGGUUGAAAAGAUGCUGGAAUUGGGCCAUUUUGUGAAUGAAAUAGCCAACACCACGCUGUCCUCGCCUGAUGUCCAAGCAUUACUCCGUUCUGACGCUACGUUUGAUCUACUCGUCCUGGAAAUAUUUCUAGACGAUGUAUUUCUCGGGUUUGCGGAUCGAUUCAACUGCCCAGUAGUAGGAAUGUCAACUUUUGGUGUCUCAUCGUGGGUAAAUUCACUUACUGGCUCUCCACAGCCACUGUCCUACGUACCGCACCCUAUGACUAGCUUCACCGACAAGAUGAACUUCUGGCAACGAUUAGGCAACGUUUUGUUCACAGCAUUUGACGAAACAUUGCUGAAAUUCAUGUGCGAUCCCAUUCAGCAGCAAUAUUAUGAUGAGUACUUUCCCAACGCCAACCGCUCGUUGAACGAAAUGAGGCGCCACGGUGUCUCGCUGGUGUUGGUGAACAGUCAUUUCAGCUUGAGCUUCCCGCGACCUUAUCUACCGAACCUGAUAGAGGUUGGUGGGUUCCAUGUGAAUCGUAAUGUCAACCCACUGCCAGAGGACAUUAAAACCUUCAUAGAGCAAUCGGAGCACGGUGUCAUUUACUUCUCGAUGGGAUCAAACCUCAAGCCCUCUAAAAUGGACAAGCAGAAGCGUGACGAUGUCAUUAAGGUUCUCUCCAGUGUCAAACAGAACAUCAUUUGGAAAUGGGAUGAUGAUACGCUAGUGCUGGAUAAGAAAAAGUUCCUGUUCGGAAAGUGGUUCCCCCAGGACGAUAUUCUUGCCCAUCCAAAUGUCAAGCUGUUCAUCACCCAUGGUGGACUGCUCAGCUGUACGGAGUCCAUCUACCACGGAGUGCCGAUCGUCGGUAUUCCCAUCUUUGGCGAUCAAUUGCUUAACAUGGCCCGUGCGGAACAGUCGGGAUGGGGUAAAGGAGUAACGUACACGCAACUGAAUGAAGAAACAUUCAGUAAAGCAGUCAGAGCAGUUCUUCGUGACGAUAGCUAUGCAGCAAACGUUAAAAUUAUUUCCCAAAGAUUGCGUGAUCAGCCUGUAGCACCAAUGGAUAUGGCAAAGUUUUGGAUAGAAUACGUUCUCCGACAUAAUGGCGCAAAACAUCUCAUAUCCUCAGCCCAGGACCUUAACUUCGUGGAAUACAACAAUUUGGAUGUUUACUUGUUUAUUACUACAGUUGUUGUAUUAAUUAUACUCUCCUGCAGAUUAGGUGUCAGAAAAGUAUUUAAAAUAUUGUUAAAAAAAAAUACUGUGACGUUCUCGAUCAAUGGUCGGAAAUACACAGUUAAAGCUGAAGACGUUCCGCUGGACACGUCGUUGAAUUCAUACAUUCGCAACUAUGCUUAUCUCUCUGGUACGAAAUUCAUGUGUCUCGAGGGAGGAUGCGGCACUUGCAUCGUCAACGUGUGCGGAGUGCAUCCUGUCACCAAGGAGACCCGUUCCUGGUCGGUCAACUCAUGCCUUUUUCCCAUAUUUUCCUGCCAUGGUAUGAGCAUCAAAACGGUCGAGGCAUUGGGCAACAGAAAGGACGGGUACCAUCCGAUACAGGAGCGGUUGGCGCACAUGAACGGGAGCCAGUGUGGGUUUUGCUCACCAGGCAUGGUGAUGACCAUGUACAGCCUGAUGGAAGCCAAGAAGGGGACUAUUUCGAUUCAAGACGUCGAGAACUCGCUCGGUGGCAACAUCUGCCGUUGCACUGGCUAUCGUCCGAUUCUUGAUGCGUUCAAGUCACUCGCAUCCGAAGCAUCCGAGAUCGAGCUGCCCGACAUAGAGGAGCUGCAGAUAUGUCCGAAAACGAACGUCGUGUGUUCGGCACAGUGUCCAGCUGUUUCUUGCGAAGUUGAACUACAUCGUCCUGUGCAUUUGGUAUUCAGAGACGAUAAGGAAUGGCACAAAGUUUACACAUUAUUUGAAAUAUUUACUUUGCUGGCUUUAAUCGGUUCGAAACCGUACAUCUUACUGGGAGGAAAUACUGCUCAUGGUGUGUAUCGGCGGAGUACAUCGUUGCAAAUUUUCAUCGAUAUAAACUCUGUAGAAGAGCUGCGAAAUCACUACUUCAGCUUCAACCAACUGGUUAUCGGAGCAAGCACCACCCUAUACGAACUCAUGGAAAUACUAAGCAAAGCCGCCAAAACCAGGCCCGGGUUUGGGUAUUGCCAACAGAUCGUAAACCACCUGGAGCUAGUGGCAAGUCCUUCCAUACGAAAUGUCGGAACCAUUGCUGGAAACCUCUCCAUAAAAAAUCAACACCCGGAGUUUGUAUCCGAUGUGUACAUUCUACUGGAAGCUGCAGGAGUAAAGUUAACCAUUGUUGCUGAGCGUGCUGAGAAUGCAAUAUCUUAUGUGAAUGCCGCAUUUCUGCUGAAACUAAACACCAGUAAUACGAUUGUCAGCAAGGCGACCCUCUGCUUCGGGGGCAUCAAUCCUAAGUUUACGCAUGCUGCUCGAACUGAACAGCUUAUUAUUGGCAAGAAGCUGUUCAAUAACGCGACCAUUCAACAAGCCCUCAGCAGUCUCGCUGCAGAGCUUGAGCCCGAUUCAGUGCUGCCAAACGCGUCGGCCGAGUAUCGCAAGGGACUCGCCGUGUCUCUAUUCUACAAGUUUAUACUCAAUGUCGCGAUGGACAAAAAGAUUGCUAUCAACCCUCGGUUUCAAUCCGGCUCCACCAUGUUAGAGCGUCCUGUUUCGUCUGGUCAACAGCACUACGAUACGAUUGAGAAAAACUGGCCCGUGACGCAAUACGUCCCGAAGCUCGAAGGAUUGGCUCAGGCGUCGGGCGAAGCGAAAUACACGAAUGACUUUCCUCCAUUUCCGGAUGAGUUGUAUGCUGCGUUUGUCGUAGCAACCAGGCCGAAUGCAGCGAUCGGGAAAAUAGACGCUUCAGAAGCAUUGGGCGUAAUACAAGCGUGCGAAAUUCUCAAUGCGCGUAUUCAACCCAUCAAGAACGAGUUCAAAAAUGCACCUUGGGAGAAGAUCACUCAGAUCUGUUACACAAGAGACAUCGAUCUCAGCGCCCUAUUCCAUUACAAGAACGAAGACCUCAAGGCCUACAGCAUCUUGGGUGUGAGUUGUGCAGAGGUCGAGGUGGACAUUCUCACGGGAAACAUCCAGCUGAAGCGUGUAGACAUUCUGGAGGAUACGGGCGAGAGUCUAAGCCCGGGGAUCGAUGUCGGUCAGAUCGAGGGAGCAUUCGUGACGGGCAUAGGAUACUGGCUAACGGAGUCGUUGGUCUAUGACAUGGCCAGCGGUGCACUGUUGACAAACCGCACCUGGAACUAUAAGCCCCCGGGAGCAAAGGACAUCCCGGUUGACUUCCGCAUCCGGUUGCUGCAAAAUGGAGGAAAUCCGUUCGGUGUGCUACGAUCAAAGGCUACCGAGUCAGCUAAAAUUCUUAGCAUCUUUCCCACAAUGUCUCGUUCACACUGGAUUUUGGGAUCAACACUCAUGAAAAAUUUGGCGCUUGACGGUCACGAGGUUACUGUUAUCAGCCCGUUUCGAUUGGAAAAUGCUCCCAAAUCGUAUCAUCAUGUCGGUAUUGAACACAGCCGAAUGUUGGAGGGUAUGAUGGAUAAAGCAUUUGAACGAAUCGACGACAGCAUCGUGCAAAAAAUGUUGAAGCUGCAGUAUUUUGUAGAUGUAAUUGAUAACACAACGCUCUCUUCGCCCAACGUUCAAGCAUUGCUACAUUCUGAUAAAGUGUUCGAUUUACUCGUGUUGGAGAUUUUUCUCGAUGAGGUGUUUUUCGGAUUUGCGGAUCGAUUCAAUUGUCCGGUUGUUGCAAUGUCAACGUUUAGCGCCUCUCCUUGGGUUACUUCCUUAAUCGGAUCGCCUAUUCCGCUGUCGUACGUGCCGCACCCUAUGACUAGCUUUACUAACAAGAUGAGCUUCUGGCAACGACUAGGCAACGUGCUAUUUACAGCUUUCGAUGAAGUGCUUAAAUACGUGGUGUUUGAUCCCAUACAUGAACGAUACUAUAAGAAGUUUUUCCCAAACGCCAACCGCUCGUUGAACGAAAUGAGGCGCCACGGUGUCUCGCUGGUGUUGGUGAACAGUCAUUUCAGCUUGAGCUUCCCGCGACCUUAUCUACCGAACCUGAUAGAGGUUGGUGGGUUCCAUGUGAAUCGUAAUGUCAACCCACUGCCAGAGGACAUUAAAACCUUCAUAGAGCAAUCGGAGCACGGGGUCAUUUACUUCUCGAUGGGAUCAAACCUCAAGCCCUCUAAAAUGGACAAGCAGAAGCGUGACGAUGUCAUUAAGGUUCUCUCCAGUGUCAAACAGAACAUCAUUUGGAAAUGGGAUGAUGAUACGCUAGUGCUGGAUAAGAAAAAGUUCCUGCUCGGAAAGUGGUUCCCCCAGGACGAUAUUCUUGCCCAUCCGAACGUCAAGCUGUUCAUCACCCAUGGUGGACUGCUCAGCUGUACGGAGUCCAUCUACCACGGAGUGCCGAUCGUCGGUAUUCCCAUCUUUGGCGAUCAAUUGCUUAACAUGGCCCGGGCGGAACAGUCAGGAUGGGGUAAAGGAGUAACGUAUACGCAACUGAAUGAAGAAACAUUCAGUAAAGCAGUCAGAGAAGUUCUGCUAGAUGAAAGCUAUUCAGAGAACAUCAAAAAUAUCUCACGACGAUUUCGUGACCAACCCAUAGCCCCGAUGGAUUUGGCUAAAUUUUGGAUUGAGUAUGUCCUUAGGCAUAAAGGUGCAAACCAUCUAAAAUCUUCAGCGCAGGAUCUUAACUUCAUUGAAUACAACAAUUUGGAUGUGUACUUACUUAUCGCUGCAACAAUCACUACAGUGUAUAUUUGUAUUCAAACUAUCUUUAGAAAACUAUUUCGCUAUAUGUUUGUAAAACCAAACAGAAGUAAAAGAUCAGCUAAAAAAGAAAACUAG